AUGUGUACAGAAUUUAGUAUUUUAGUACAUUAUUCAAUAGGUCAUCAUAAGAGAGUUUUAAGCAGCUUCACCUUGAUUUCGGAAACUGUAGCCCAGUUCCAUAAACUGAUAGCGAACAACUCUCUGUUGUUUGAAAACAGUCUGCGAAAGCCAUGGAAGUAUGUCUCCGGAGUGGACUGUACGCAGACCUUGGAGUCAGAAAUGAAAACAGAAGAAGACUGGUGCCGAGCAACAUGGGACACCAUUCUAUGUUGGCCCCCCGUCCCCCCAGGACAGACAGUUUACAUGGCAUGUCCUCCCUACCCGGGCUUGGACCCCAACAAGAUGGCAUUCAGGCGAUGUGGCGAAACUUCUGUUUGGGAGGGACCUCAGCCUCUCGGGUACUCAAACUACACCGACUGUUACACACCGGAGUCAUGGAGAUUGCUGGCUAAAUUCUACGGAAAUAAAUCUGCAGAAGAUCGAAAGUGGAUGAAGAAAAUUGUUGUUGGGACACGGACUAUGGAAAUAAUAGGUCUCUGUGUCUCGCUUGUGUCGUGUUUGACAUCACUAUUCAUUUUCUGUUACUUCCGAACAUUACGGUGCCACAGAACAAGGAUCCAUCGGAACCUCUUGGUCUCUAUCAUAGUGCAAGUUAUCAUCCGACUGAUCCUUUACAUUGAUCAGUAUAUCGCCCGAGAAAAGCAAUCAGAUUACCUUGCCGCCACCGGAAGUUACAUAGCUAUAUUCCACACGCCGACGUUCUGCGAGACGAUCUACACGCUGCUGGAGUACACGGAGUCGGUGCAGUUUAUGUGGAUGUUUGUGGAAGGAAUACACCUACACAACAUCAUAGCCGUGUCAUUCUUCUCAGGGAAACCCAACUACUUUGUCUACUAUGUCCUUGGCUGGGCUGCACCAUUACCAUUCACAGUGGCCUGGGUUGUUACAAUGCUCAACCUUCAUAAAGACAGCUGCUGGUUCCCGUAUUACUUUUUAGACCAAUACUGGAUUAUAGAGGCCCCCAGAGUCACUGUGAUAGGAGUAAAUCUGUUCUUUCUGCUCAACAUUAUUCGUGUUCUGGUGCACAAACUACGAAAAACUCGCACACUGGAACCACAAUUUACAAAAGUCAGGAAAGCUGUAAAGGCGGCCAUUGUUUUACUUCCUCUACUGGGAAUCACGAACAUUGUGAACCUUAUAGAUCCGCCCACCAAUAGUGUUGUACAGUUCGGACUGUGGUCCUAUUCCACGUACUUCUUAGUAUCAUUCCAAGGAUUUUUCAUCUCUCUGUUAUACUGUUACACAAAUGGCGAGGUUCGGGCAGUAUUGAAGAAACACUGGAAUAACUAUAUAGAUAGUAAAUCAUGUUCUACCGCGCAGGCGUACAAGAAUCGACGAUCUUGUUCCAUGGUCACCAGCACGUGUGAUCUUGCGGUAAAUCAGCGAGUAACCAAAACCAGUCCGCUGAUCCGCAUCAGAGAAAACGAUGACAGCUGCACGGAGUCGAUGCUCUGAGAACAAGAUGCUUUCUGAAACUAUAUAUUUUUGUUUAACUAUUAUGUAUCUGUAACAUGUAUAAUACUGUCAGCGUUUUUGUAUCCCUGAUAUAAACACAUGCACCCCACCCGUAUCAUCACCCUUUAUUUUGCUUAUCUGCAUCACCUCUGUAUAACAUAGUUUAAAUUCUAAGUACAUUUUAAGUUUUACACUAAGUACUAGGCUAAGUACUAGGCUACUGACAAACAAGUCGAUGUAACAGGGGUUUCAACAGUCUCGUUUGAAAUCAGCAUUUCGCAGGUCGAGAUUUCGAGCCCCUCUCGUGCCAUGGCCGCAUCAAACCUGAGACAGGGAUUGGUCUUCACCAAACGCUUGGAAUUUAGAAGUGAGAAUUACGGGUCUUUCGGAUAUGACCGUAAAAACGAGGGUCCCGUGUCGCGACAGGCUAUAGCACGAUAAAGAACCCUCACUACUACGGCCAUGGGGGCUAAGCAUAGGUAUAAAUUUGUGGUACUUCACCUACAGAUGGUGACGUCUCAUUAUGAGUGAAAAAUUCUCGACGGGACGUAAAACAAUUAAUAUUUUGGGGUUAAUUCGAUUUAUCUUCUUCAUCUGCUUCCAAGUGGAAAAAUUCCAAGGUACUCCGAAUGACAAUUACAGAGAUGUUCCAGAAGGUAAAAUAAAGGUAGAAACGAAUGAUAAAAUAAAGGUUGACGAUACAUGUACAGGGUGUUUAAUAAAGGACACGUGCCUGUAUGCAUAUCAGGGAUGCAAAACUCAUGUAUUACUGUACAACAAAUACAUUUUGAAAAUAUCUUAUCCCGUGAAAUAUCUCAUAUCAACCCUUUUACAAAUAUCAGCCCAAUUUGAAAUGGAAAGGGGUAUUAUCAUCUCAAAAUAGCAGCUUGCACAACCGAUCCAAUAUAUAAUGCAUUUAAGCUGAACCCCGUAUCAUUAGCUAGUUGUAUUCGGCGCGUCCGCGUGUCAAUCGUGGUCAAUGUUUUCCAGUAGAAUUUUGCCGUAGUAAUAAACACUCAAAUGAG